UAUUUUGCGACAUGGAUUGAAUCGAAGCUAAAAAUUUAAUAAAAUAAGGCUUGAAUUGCUUAUUUAAGACAAUCCAUAAUAAUUUACGUGAUAAUGGCAAGGCUGAGCAACGUGCGUGUGAAAUUAUGUGACCAAAUUUUGCUACACAAGCUGCAUGUAUUGAAUAAUGCUGUAUCUCAGAAGGGGGUGACCGAACGAGAAAUGGAAGAAGCUUUCAAGCUAUCCAUCGGUUAUCGUGCGAGCCGUCUAUCGUGGACUCAGUGGAACGACGGAACGCUGUCGAUACUGUACAGUGUUAUAUUCUUGAUAGCAUUGUUUGUGUUGACGCCAUUUCUGGCUUCUUUCAUUGAGGUCAUUCUUGGCACACGCUGCAUUGUACCGAACAAUUAUCUUGUGUGGGAGGCAACACGACCCUUGUCCGAUUGCGAUUUUUGUAGAGGAGUUCAAGGACCAAUAAUAUUGUCCAAUCUUUCCCGCGAGCAGUUUAAGCCAUAUGCUUAUUCGUCAAGGCCAAUUAUCAUUAAGAAUGCAAUAUCACAUUGGCCGGCAGCAAAGAUGCUCAAUUUUACUUUCCUGAAAGAUCUGUACUACAAACACCCUUCAGCGCUCGAUACCUUCCAUGAGGACUGUCAGUUUUUGCACUUCAAGUCCAAUUUUCAAACCCUGAAGGACGUAUUUCGCAUGUCUGAAGAGUUUCGCACAGGCCACAAGCCAUGGUACGUGGGAUGGAGCAAUUGCAAUCCCUUGAUACUAGCGGAGCUCAGGAAACUUUACCCGAAACCGCACUUCUUACCAGAGGAUGCCGAAAUGCCUAAUACGGAUUUUGUGUUUCUAGGCUACGAGCAGGGUGCAGUCAUGCACAUCGAUUACAUACCUCGGCUGAUGUGGCAAGCCCAGCUGAGAGGUAAUAAAAGUUGGAUACUGGCACCCACUCCAGAGUGCGAUAACGAGUGCCGCAGCUUUAGCUUCUACGUUGAACCCGGAGACGCUCUUUUGGUGGACACACGGCUCUGGUACCACGGGACAUUUAUUUCCAAAGGAGAAUUUUCUCUCACAAUUCAAUCCGAGUACGGAUAGGAUAGGUAUGUUCGUCUUUCUUGAAUGUUAAACUUUACAAACCUGUGUACAUGUAUGUAAGUACCAAUAAUUUUGGUUUUGUUUGAAUAAGCUUGUGUGUCAUCAAAACGUGUAUGGGAGCAUGCAUUAAGUACAUCA